AUGGCUUUAUUACGAUCUACUAGUACCCAAGAAUCUAUUCAGAAGAAUCCAAUUCGUGUUGCUAUUCGUCUCAUGUUUCAACGUAUCGGCGAAAUCGAUACAUUGACUGAAAAAUAUCAAGCACAAGCAUCGAUCGAAAGUCGUUGGAUAGUUGAAUUAUCUAAUAUAUUACCAAUUCUUUCUCUAACUGAUCAACGCAAUUUGAAUAUUGGAAAAUCUGUAUCCCUUGUAAAAUAUGCCGAGAUUCAUUGGCAUCCUCAAUUAUUCAUUGAAAAUGCUCUUGGAGAUCUGAAAGAACAAAUAAGAUAUAGUGCAAAGAAAAUCUCAAUUGAUCGAGUCUGUCUAUGUGAACAUCGUGACAUAAAAGGAUUAUUUUGGGAAAAACUUGAAUUACAUCAUUUUCCAUCUGAUAUUCAAGAAUUAACAAUUUCUAUUGGUUCAUUACUUUAUGAUGACAAAGUAGUACUGAUUCCUGAUCCAUAUCAUCAUAGUGGAAUAAAUCGAGAAGCAUUCGUCGAUCAACAAGAAUGGUCAUUAUAUGAACAUGUUGAUGCAAAGCAACGCUUCAUUCGCGAAUAUUCUCACAAUGAUAAUGAUGAAGAAAAUGUUGAAAUGAGCUCGAAUGAAGACCGUAGACGUUCACUUGUGUCUGUAUCUUGUUAUGCAGCACGUCGUUCUGGUUAUUUCUAUUGGAAUGGUUAUUGUUUGAUUUUUCUUAUAACUGUUUGUGCCUUUAGCAUAUUUUCAAUGCCACCCAAUCUACCUCAAAAUCGUCUUCAAACUGGAGCCACUCUUCUUCUAACUUCGAUUACUUUUCGUUGGACAGUAAAUCGAUCUCUCCCAACAAUAUCCUAUUUGACAUCGUUGGAUCGAUAUGCUAUUAUUUCAAUAUUUAUUCUUGUUUUCUUGUGUAUGUGGCAUGCUAUUAUCGGUGCUAUUAUUUUCAUUGAUAAACGAUUUUCAACAACUAUUCCAGAUGAUCGAAAUGCUUGGAUAGAUCGAUAAAAUCGUUGGAUUCGAGAUGGACCUCGAUUUCGAUCAUAA